AUGUCAUAUAUUGAAGUACAACAUGAUGAACAUAUCGGAUGGUUUUGUAAUAAUGAUCUUAUUCUUGUUUGUGAUCGAGAAACAUUCAAUAAUGAAAAUAAUAGUCCAUUUAUGGAUGAUAAUAAACUUCAAUCAAUAUAUUCAUCGUUUAUAACGCGAAAAUGCCGUCGUCAUAUACCAAAACUUGAUUUUAAUGAUGAAAAAUUAUUUCCUUCUAGAUCACAUAAAACUACCCGUACAACAACAACAAUAACAAAUAUAACUUCAAGUGAAAUAAAUCUUGAUGAAGAGCUUAUUUCAGAAUUAAAUUCUAUGUUAGAUUGUCGUGAAUAUGUUAGUAAACAAAAUCAUUUUUUUGAUCGAAAACAAUUUCAACAAGCUCAAGCAGCACAAGCCGAUCAAGAAAAAAAAUUAGAAGAAUUUAAAAAACGUCAACAAGAACAAAGUAAAAUUGAAAGACAACAACGAAGACGACAACAUCCAUUAUAUGUUAGUCGAUUUGAUGAAAAACGUUAUCAAAUACGUGAAAAACUAAAUUAUGCUCAUCGUGAUGUAUAUUAUCUUCAAGAAAAAAAUCUUAUACUUGAAAAUCAAAAUAAUUUUCUUGAAAAUGAAUUUAAACGACAAUUAGAUAACAUAGUUGAAGAAAAAAAUGAACAUAUUAAUCGACUUAUACAUAUUAUUGAUCAAACAUAUACACGAUCAACUCAAAUAAAUAAUCAUAUUAAUGAUGAAUAUUAUUCAUCAAAAGCUGAAGAAUUAUCAAAAAAAUUUAUGGAACAAAAUAUUGAAUUACAACAUGAAAUUGAAACAUUUCGUUCUAAACUUGAUUAUAUUGUAACAUAUAUUAAUCAAAAAUUGGAUCAACAAAAAACAAUAACGACAACAUCAACAUCAUCAUCUUUAUCUAUACAUCAAUUAGUAUUUGAAACUAUGCAACAAACAGAAAUGAAAUUACUUGAAUUUAAAUUAAAAUUUAUUUCACAACAAGAAGAAAAUGAUCUUUUAAAAUAUUUAAUGGAAAAAUCACAAAAUAUAUCAGAUAUUGAACAAACAAAAUUAUUUUCUAUUAUUCAACAACGUUCACUUGAACGUGAAAUUGAUCUUGUUCGUCAAGAACUUGAAAUUACAGAGAAAAAAACUAUUCAAUUUGAACAAACAUUUGAUAAUUCAGAUGAAGGAAUUAAAUUUCAUAUGGAAAAUCUUAAAUUAAAAUGUGAUGUAUUACAUAAACAUAUUCUAACAUGUAGUCAACGAUUAGAUGAUAUUAAUAAACAAAAUCUUAUGAAAUUAACAAAUGAAAAUCAAAUAUUAAAAAUUAGAACUCAACAUGAAGAAUCAAAUAUUGAUAAUAAACAUAUUGAACUUGAAUUUGAAUUAUUACGUUUACGUGAACGUUAUAAUGAAUUAAUUGAACAUACAAAUACACUUAAAUCUGAAUUAAAUAAUGCACAAAAACAAUUACAUGAAAAAUAA